AUGGCAGCGAAUAGAGGAGCGACCCUCUUUGUCCUGCUGCUCUGCUGCUGGCAAGAAGCUGAGGUCCAUCGGAUUAACAUAUCUUCAGAUCCAGUUUCUGAAAAGUCAUGGAAAUCAAAACCCCAGGAUGAUAUACUUGGAAUAUUUGAUGAAAUUGUAGUCCAAGAGUUUCUGGAUCCAGAUAAAUCAACAUUGUUUGAAACACAAAGGCCACAAAGGAAACAAAAGACCACGAUGAAGAGUACAAAGAAAAAAGCAACCCAUAUUAAAACCAAUGAUCAGACUGAUACUGAUAAGCACCAUGACAAGACAGUAUCUUCCGGGAAUGCCGACAGACUUUUCCUUAAUGAAGAGGAGAAGGAACUAUUUUAUCAAAUUAAAAGCCUAAGAAGCCUGGGAAAUAUUAUUGACAGUCUUCAAAAAGCUUUAGUAAAUACGUUCAAGCAAAGAAGAAAGGGCCAUAGAAGUUUGUUCAAUGGAUCCAACCACCACAGGGUGAAAGAAAGCCUAAACUGA